GCCGCAUCAACGUUACGACCAUCUCUGUCCCCGCUCAACACUGCUCACCUCUUCGCAAAGCAAUGCGUGGCUAGAGUGGCAUGAAUCCUCAUGGGCGCUUCCGAUUCGAAACUCAGCUUCAAGCAAGGCAUCUUCCGCCUGUCUGAGCCCAAGCAGAUUCCCGCCGAUGAUGCAUACUGGACUGGCUUUUGGGAGCUGCCCGAGUCGAGCGAGGAUGUCUUCUCUCUAUUCUCCGCGGCUGAUAUUCGCCGUACCCGCGACAAUAACCUCGCAAAUCUAGAAACACUUAUACUUGCCGUCAGCUCACGACUCAACGUCCUCCGCCACCACCCUUCGUUCCCCGAUCCCGAACUCGCACCCGAGCGUGACGCCCUCAAUUGUAUACGGGUUCUCACUCGAUUGUUGCCUUUCAUCUAUGAAGCCGAUCAUCUAGAAUCAUGGGAAGACCAGUUCUUCUGGGCCACUCGGCGAAGGCGCAGCCGGCGGGGUCAGGUCGCGCGCUCAGAAGUCCUCUUUGACGAGGAAGAGACAGAUCAAACGCCAGAUCUCCCCGCAGAACCAGAGUUUGAGAAGGCGAGGCCGUUGGCGGAGGAGAUCAUCGAUACAUUGAUAGACCUGUUGUUUUUCUCGGAGUUUACGCUGCCCAAGGCACCUCCGGGAAAGAACAAGGUGACCUACGCAAUAUGGCAGAGUGGAGUAGGCUGCAACACGCCUGUCGCUUCAACUAAAGAGCUUGAGAAUAACAGGACGGAGAUAUUACGCCUGUUGCUGACUUUUGCAAGCAAGUCCAUGUAUAUGCCUGCGAAUAUUCUGCCCGUCAAAGGCGUCAAGGCCAUCACGUACAUGGCCACAUGCGCGGAUAAGCAGAUCGUACUCUCAGUUCUGUGCUCACUUCUAAACACUACGCUGAAGUACAACCCUGCGUCAUGGCGGGUGCCAUACGAUCACGUCGUGUUCAAAGACCACAAGCAAAUUCUCGUCACAUACUGCCUUCAACUAUUACUGGUCUUGAUACUAUACCCCAUCCCUGAGCCAGGUAAUGGCCCACCUCCCAAAAACUUCUACCGACAUUUUUUGGGACGCCUGCAUCGCCCGCAGGACUUCCAAUUCCUCGUCGAUGGGAUGACUAGAGUCUUGAACCAACCGCUGCAAGCCACGGCAUCAUAUCUUCCAGGGAGCCACAAGUCGCUGACAUGGGCCCCGGAAAUGAUAAUGCUCUUCUGGGAAGCCCUGCAGUGCAACAAACGAUUCCGCUCGUUCAUUAUAAACACUGAUCGCGCCCACGACUUCGUCGUCUUGGUGCUCUACUACGCGAUUGAUCAGCGCAAUGACCCGACGAAACAGGGGGUCGUCAGGAUGUGCAUCUUUGUGCUUCAGACCAUGAGCGUGGAACCGAACUUUGGGAAGAGUCUAAACAAAACUUUUGAGGGCCAGGAGUCGCUCCCAGCAAGCAUUCGGAUACCCAACUUCCAUGGCACCUAUGCCGAUUACCUUAUCACUUCAAUCUAUACACUCCUCACUACAAGCAAGGGCAAACUUGAUGCGAUCUACCCAGCUCUCCUUGCCAUUAUCAACAACAUCGCCGCAUACGUACAAAACCUCGGAAGGGCGCCAAGCUCCAAACUUCUUCAGUUGUUCUCCUCAAUGUCUUCGCCGAGCUUCUUGCUCGCGAAUGAGAAGAAUCAUACUUUGCUUCAAUCUCUACUCGAAGCGCUUAAUGCAAUGAUUGAGCAUCAAUAUCAAAAAAAUCCCAACUUGGUAUAUGCAAUCAUAAGAUCACAAAAGAAAUUCCAAGCCCUAAGAGACUUCACGCUUGAAAGCGGCCAGGAAGAGAUCGAGCGGCAAAACCAGUUGCGCAAGGAGCAUGCUAAUGAGCAGCGACGAGCUAAUUCCAUCGACAGCUUGAGAAGCCCAACCACUCCACGUACGCCAUCACUUAGCGAUGUUCCCGAGGAGAACGGUGCAUUCGCUAUAGGCGACGAUGACGACUCUGAUGGCGAGGGCGAGCACCGAGUUUCAGAGGCUCCCCGAUCGCCAGUCCAUUCUACUGCAGGUGGCUCCAGGAGCGUGUCAAUAGCCUCCUCUGCAGACGAAACAGUACCACAGCAAUUGCGCGGCAUGUCCGAGAAGGCGCGCGGUAAAAUGCCAGUAGGACAGCCAGCGUUCUCGCGCCAGAACAGCACGACUUCCCUCAACAGCAUUAGUACGCCCAAUCUCGGUCCCAACGGAUCCUUCAUGCCUACUGCAUCAUGGAUCGAAAGCUGGUUGCCUACCCUCCCCCUCCACACUCUCCUCAUGCUCAUCUCCGAACUCUCCCCCCACUUGCCAUCCUCAGUCUCCGACCCCUCCACCGCCCUAAAAGUCAUCCAGUCCACUCCCGUUCGCGGCAUCGAACCCUCUCCCAUUCGUGUCCACCUUUUCGAAUGGUCGGCUCUCUCCCUCGGUUGGUACGAAUCCCUACUGUGGGGCUUCGUUUUCGCCUCCGAGAUGCUGGUUUCUAAAGGCACGGUCGGAGUCUGGAAUAACACCAGUAUCCGAUUGUUCAAGGUGCAGGAAGCUGCGGUGCAGACGCCGAGCCUGCUCGCGCCGCGGGGUGCGGUAGAUGCAGUGGGGAGUAACCUUGUGCAGCGGAUUGGAAGCCUGAAUCUUGGGAGAGGAGGGGGAGGGGGUGGUACAGGUGGAGGAGCGGGCGAAGUGACCGCUCAGAGACACAGUGGCAAUUCCGGGCAGGCGGCGGCGCCACCUAUGAGCGUUAGGGACGUGUAGGUGCGUCUUCCAGGACAGCUUUGCGGACAGCAUUGUUAUGGAGUGGUUAGGAAGAUAAGGCAAGGCCUGGAGUUACAUAGGAGGGGUGGCGGGUGGCUAGAUUCUACAUUGUUAUCGUCAGAUGCCACCGAGUAGUGUUUAUGUCAGCAUACUCCCGAUAACUAUGUGAUUGUCUUACAACUCUUCUUGUGUUCUUCGUUGAAGAGAAGUCCACUAGUAUAUUCGAAGCAUCGUAUAGCUCGUUGAGGUUAAUU